CUUUUCUUUACUCUUUAUUUACAGACUUCUUUUAUUCCUCUACCUUGAACAAAAAGCAUGAGUUGGAGAGGGUUUCAAAAAGCCGUCAGUCGAUUACCACAUCAGUUAUUAUCAAAGAAAAGUGAAGCUACAAAGGAUCUCGAAUAUACUGCACUCGAGAAGCAAUUUAAUGAUUUUUCGAAAAUAAUUGAAGUUCUUGCCACGGAUGCCAGAUUAUUUCGUGAUAGUAUUUCUGCGUUAUUGUCAAAUCAAGCAGCUAUGGCACAAUACUUGGCAGGCAUCUAUGAUUCAACUUUAGGCACUCAAGUACCAGAAGGCGCCGUUCAGAAACGAUUUCAACAAACACCCGCGAUUCAACUCCAAGCGGUCAACGAUGCCGAAGCCGCUAUGGCUUACUGUCGAGACGAAGUACUUCCUGAGCUGGACGUUGUGGAUCGUGAUAUAGUGCGUCCUCUUCUAGAACUCACCGAAAUUAUUAAAACUGUACAAAAGACAAUGACCAAACGGAACCACAAACUGAUCGAUUACGACCGCCAUCGACUUGCUUUACAAAAACUCCAAAACAAACAAGAACGCAGCUUCAGCGAAGAAAAACAAAUAUUCAAAGUACAGGCUUCACUGGAUACCGCUACACAAGAUUACAAAUAUUUGAACGACAUGCUCAAGGCAGAACUGCCCCAGUUUUUCCAGCUCAAAACACAGUUUAUCCAACCUGUUUUCGAAAGUCUGUUUAACAUGCAAUCACGUAUAUAUGGCAUGAUUUAUGCUCGUUGUUAUGAACUACUGAAUCAGAAUUUAGAGGCAUUCACGACGAAUACAAUGGGUAUUGAGGAAGGAUACAAUUAUCGCAAAUCACAAAGAGAUGCGAGAGGUGAAUUAGAAAAUAUGGAUUUGUUGAAAAAUGGAGGAAAGGCUUGGUUGGCUGCUUCAGGAGCAGGCCAUAAUUCAAAAUUGUCUCUUCAAGAAAGAGCGGCUAUGAAAAAGCAAGAGGAAAUGAUGGCUGGAGGGUCCUUGUCCUCGGGUUAUUCUUCUCCUUCUCCACCAUUCCAACAAUUACAGUCGUCCAUGCAAGCACCGCCGCCAUCGCAGCAACAGCAACAUGAUUAUGCAGCACCACCACCUGCUUAUGGACAAACGGAAGGAGGUGUGGCGUUGGAUUCAUCGCCAAUGCAAUAUGGAAAACAGCCACCACCCGCAGCAUCCUAUUCAGCAGCACCUCCCCCACCAGCCCCACAGCAGGGGCAGUAUGUCAUUGCAUUAUACGACUAUACUGCUCAAGCAGAAGGAGAUUUAUCUUUCAAGAAAGAUGAUAAAAUUGAAGUUGUUCAAAGAACAGCAGAUACAAAUGACUGGUGGACAGGAAAAUUGAAUGGAGUCAUUGGCGUAUUCCCAGGCAACUAUGUAGCAGAACUGUAGAUUCAUAACUUUAAUCUAAAAGAGUUAUUCUUUUUAAUCAAGAUAUUAAAAGUAUUUCUUUAAAUGCAAUAACAGACGAAAUAUAUA